AUGUUUUCGUUAAGACACAAUGUAUGUCCUUUUCGACGAUAUUUUAAUUCAUCAUCAAUAUCAAAAAUCAAUUUCACUAGUACUUUAAGUGGGAAUUUUAAAUAUCAUGAAUAUGUAGUUAAAGAAGAUGAUGAUGUAGAUAUGAUGAGACUUGAUCGAUAUUUACAUUUACAAACAAAGCUUCCAAUUUCUAUAAUUCAAAGGAAAAUUCGAAAAAAUGAGGUAAAAUUAAAACCACGAGUGCAUGAAAGCACAGAUUUAAAUAAUGAUGGGGUGAAAUCACAUAAAGUUUUAUCACAUAAAGUUCGUCCUGGUGAUGUGGUUUCAAUAAGAAGUCUUGAUUUAUAUAAGGAAGCAAAAUUUGCCAAACCUAAAAGACGUAAGACAGAG